UGGGAAGGGCAUCCUCGAGCUGCUUCUGGCUGCCGCCGCUCGCGCUCCGGAAUCUCUGGAAUCCGACGGUUCGGCGGACUUCUGUACGGAAAAGGAUAAAUUCUCCACGUUUUCCACCAGAAGGACACCGUUUACCUUUAAGUUUGUGUUUGAGAACCUGAUCAUUCAACAUGUCGCAGGCUGAAAAACUGAAGCAAGGCCAGUUCACCAACCCAGAGACCCCAGGAUAUGUGGGCUUUGCAAACCUGCCAAACCAGGUUCACCGCAAGUCAGUAAAGAAGGGCUUUGAGUUUACCCUCAUGGUGGUCGGAGAAUCAGGUUUGGGGAAAUCCACUUUGAUAAACAGCCUGUUCCUCACUGAUCUCUACCCUGAGAGGAUCAUCCCUGGAGCUGCAGAGAAGAUUGAGCGCACUGUGCAGAUUGAGGCCUCCACUGUGGAGAUAGAGGAGCGUGGUGUGAAGCUACGACUCACUGUGGUGGACACACCUGGGUAUGGAGAUGCUAUCAACAGCCAAGACUGCUUCAGCACCAUCAUUGCCUACAUCGAUGACCAGUUCGAGCGCUACCUACAUGACGAGAGUGGCCUCAACCGCAGGCACAUUGUGGACAAUCGCGUGCAUUGCUGUUUCUAUUUCAUUUCCCCUCUAGGCCAUGGCCUUAAGCCCUUAGAUGUCCAGUUCAUGAAGGCUAUUCACAACAAGGUCAAUGUGGUCCCAGUCAUCGCAAAGGCUGACACGCUGACUCUCCGGGAGCGCGAGAGGCUCAAACGCAGGAUUCUGGAUGAGAUUGAUGAGCAUGGCAUCAAAAUUUACCACCUCCCUGAUGCCGAGUCUGAUGAGGAUGAGGAUUUCAAGGAGCAGACAAGGAUUCUGAAAGCUAGCAUCCCCUUUGCCGUGGUGGGCUCCAACCAGCAGAUCGAGGCCAAGGGAAAGAAGGUCCGGGGCCGACUGUAUCCUUGGGGUGUCGUGGAGGUGGAGAACCCUGAGCACAACGACUUCCUGAAGCUGCGCACAAUGCUCAUCACCCACAUGCAGGAUCUUCAGGAAGUAACCCAGGACCUGCACUAUGAGAACUUCCGCUCAGAGCGCCUCAAACGGGGUGGCAGGUUGUCCUCCCAUGGUUAUAUUCUGCCUCUGUCUCCUGCGAAGGGUUCAGAUCCUGAGGAGAUGGACAAGGACAUGAUUCUUCAGGAGAAGGAGGCAGAGCUACGGCGCAUGCAGGAAAUGAUUGCAAAAAUGCAGGCGCAGAUGCAGAAGCAAGGAGAAGGAGAUGGCGAUGGCCAGCACAUGUGAAAGACUUGGUUGAAAUCUGCCACUUCCGAGAGAGAGAAAGAAAGAGAGAGGGAGUACGGGAAGAACACCAGUCCUGUUACUGGAACGGCUUGCCGCUGUUUCUGCUAUUCCACUCCUUUUAGCAAUGUUUUGCAUAAGCCGUGUUGUCACUGUUUUUCAUGAUAUUGUUUUGUAUUUACACAUACGCAUUGUCUAUUUAGUUUUAUUCAUUUAAUAUAUUAGGCUCUUUCAGCUAUCAUUAUGGAAAGGAAACCAAAUUGGUAUGGUUGAGGAAGUCAUAUUGCCUCUGCUGCUGCUGUUGUCAAUUCCUGCUCUUCCAUCCCGGACUCAUCAGCAGUGCGCUGUUUACUGGCCCCUAAAGCCUUAAGAUGCUGUAUUUGUAUGGGGGCCACCAGCCAUCAUAAACACUUUUGGCUUGAACCUUAAUAGCCAUCUGCCAGGGCUCCAAUCUGGGCUGCUUACCAGUGGCUCACAGAGUUAAGGCCCACCUGAAAUGCUGUGUGAGUGGAACAGUUACUCAGAGUGCUGCAGUUUAUUUAAUACCCAUAAAGUUACUAUGAAAUUAUCUUUCACAUUUAUAAAAUUAGUAUUAAUUUGUAGAGUAAAAUGAAGUUUUUUUUUUUUUUUUUGUGAAUUGGCAUGCUCUGGGCAGUAUAAAAGGUUUCAUAACCACUGGGCUUCAUACUGUUCUUGUUAUUAACAGCACACAUUCCUGAAAAAAAAAUUAAAAAUAUAACUUUUUUUAUUUAAGCUUAUGCAAGAAUCUUCGUACUGAAUUUUUCAGGUUACUGCUAUUCUAAAUAUCACUUUUCCUAGACUGUUUGAUGUUUAUACUCCAACACUUGUCUUAACCCACUUUGGUGCACAACGGUUCAUGCUGGAAUGACUCAGUGAUACUGUGAUCUAACUUUUCACCACAAAAAUUAUGACAACAGAUUUCAGGUUAACGCGUGUGCCUCACCAUGUCUCUGCAUCCUCUGUUUCAACUCUCUGUUAAAUGGGUUGUUUUUAAACUGAACUGAUGAGGUGUUUAACUGAACCCAUAAAGAAGAAAGCGGUUUCAGUUGAAAUUGUGUGCCAAUUUGUUGUACUCGUUUUUCUUCAGUUGUGUGAAACGGGGUAGACGGACGUGCAUGCUAAACCCCCAUUCCUCAUGUGAUGUGACAUCGCUGAUGUGUGUCCAUGGAAACCAGUAAUGAGUCAUUUGCUGUAAUACCUGAACAUCUUUUCAGCUGUCCUGAACCACCUAAGGAGGACUGGAUUUUAAUUGUCACUGGCGCCGUCUUCCGGUCAGUGGCCUUCCGGUCAACCUGCAUAAUUUAUUGUCAGUUUUUAAAUGUACUGCUUAAUGUUUUAUUGUCUUGUUUUGUUGAGUAACUUUCAAUAACUGAAAAGAAUACUUGUUCAAUAUUGUCUUGUAAUAAAGUUUAUAUUAAACCCA